AUGGAUAUCACCGUUUCUGAGAAUCCCGAUGGCUCUAUCCAUGUCGAGUACUACUCCUACGUGCCCUCUGCGCCCGCCGCCUGGGCGUUCGUGGUUUUGUUUGGGAUUACGACCGUCGCACACUUUUUCAUGAUGUUUCCCAUGCGGGCAGCAUACUUUAUUCCACUAAUUCUGGGCGGAAUAUGCGAAGCAUUCGGCUACUACGGCCGAUCCUGGUCCCACCGCAAACCAGACGACAUGAAACCCUGGAUCAUGCAAGAACUGCUCAUCCUGUGCGCCCCGCCCUUGAUCUCCGCAACCAUCUACAUGAUCCUCGGUCGGAUCAUCCGCUCGCUGCAAGCCGAGCACCACUCCAUGGUGCGAACAAAAUGGCUAACUGCCAUCUUCGUGCUAAACGACAUCGUCUGCUUCUGCACGCAGAUCGGCGGCGCGGGCGUGCAAAUCACAGGCGACGACAGGAUCAUGAAGAUCGGGCAGAAGGCCGUGCUCGGCGGAUUGAUUCUCAGCUUGGUCGUCUACUUGCUGUUUAUUGCGACGGCGGCGCGGUUCCAUGUUCGUCUUGCGAGGGAGCCCACGCCUAUCGUGCGGGAUAAUCCGCGUCUGCGGUGGAGACGGUACCUUGUUGCGCUGUAUGUUGAGUGUGUUGCUGUGUUUUUGCGCAAUCUUGUGCGUGCGAUUGAGUAUAGUCAGGGAACGCGGGGGUUUAUUGCGGACCAUGAAGCUAUGUUGUAUGUUUUUGAUGCGUUUUUGAUGUUUUUGACUCUUUUGCUAUUGCUCGGCUUUCAUCCGGGCUUGUUGAUCAAACGGGCGAGGCGAGUUGCUAGUUCUGAGGGCGUCUAUGGUACGUUGUUGUCUGAGGGUGUUGAGACUUCGCAGAUUAAUCUGGCAGAGUACAAUCGGGAGAAGUGA